AUGGGUGUGCUCAACUACUUUCUAGGUCUACAAGUUCGUCAAUCUCCUAAGGGAAUCUUCAUUGGUCAAGAGAAGUACAUCAAAAAUCUGUUGAAGAGAUACGCCAUGGAGAAUGCAUCAACUGCAAAGACACCAAUGUCUACUUUCUACAAGCUUGAUUCAGACCUUGAUGGAAAAUCUAUAGAACAAAAGCACUACAGAGGAAUGAUUGGCUCAUUACUCUACCGUACAGCUAGUCGACCAAACAUCAUGUUUUCAACAUGUUUGUGUGCACACUUUCAAGCCAAUCCAAAGGAAUCACACCUCAUAGAAGUCAAAAGAAUUUUCAAAUAUCUGAAACGAACUGCUUUUAUGGGUCUAUUCUAUCCUGCUAAAGGCAACUUCUAUCUUCAAACCUUUAUUGAAUCAGAUUAUGGAGGAUGCAAGUUCGACAGAAAGAGCACCACUGGUAGCUGUCAAUUCUUAGGAGGCAGAUUGGUCAGCUGGACCUCAAAGAAGCAAACCUGUGUUUCAACCUCUACUGCUGAAGCUGAAUAUGUUGCUGCUUCUAGCUGUUGUUCUCAAGUGCUCUGA